AUGGAUUCAACAGCGAAAACAUUCAUGAGUAAAGUUCAAGCAUCUGUCGUUAAAGUUCCAGAUAGCGAACUCAUUGAAUUUCUUCAACGUUACAUUCGACGUAAGAGAAAAUAUUAUGCUAUUGUAGAGUUCAUACAGUCAGGAAUGCAAAAGACUUCAGAAGAGAUGGAAAGAAUUAUUGACAAACACCACUUACGUCAAUACUCAGGAGUUUACGAUAUGAAACGACUGACAAACUACAUUCUAUCAAAACUUUCAAAAUACCCCUUCAAAAAGUAUCCUUCAAACACUCUGCUCGUUUGUGACGACUUCGCCGGAAAAGGUUUAGUGUCAAAGCCUGACUCACCAUUAGCUAACAUCAUUACUAAAGUCAGACAUUACCAUUUAACUGUAGCAAUACUUAUGCAAACAUGGCGUUUCCUUGCUUUAAACAUAAAACGUCUCAUAACUGACUUCGUUAUCUUUCAAGGUUUCUCACGCUAUGAUAUUGAACUCAUUUGGAAACAGUCAGGUAUAACAUUACCUUUUGAAGAAAUUUGGGAAGCAUAUAAGUCUCUCAUCUCUCCUCGUUCAUACCUUGAGAUUCAUAUCAUGACUAAUACCAUUAAAGUCAAAAAUAUUCCAUGGGAACGACCAACAUUGUUUUAA